UGUGACCCCUUCACCCUCUGUUUCCCUCCGACCUUUACUCUCUUCCUGUCUGUCCGUCGGCAUCCUCCAGCUGCUGAUUUUUUGUGCAUCCCCCAAUCCAUCCUUUUGGGACUGAUCCCCCACCCACCCACUCCCUCUUCACCUUUCUCCUUUCUCAAGCCUCCCCAGCCUUCCGUCUCUCUCAGCCCAUCAUCCUUUCGAGUCUCUCCUCACCGCUCACUUCCCUGUUCCCUUCCCCCCAGACUCUCCCAUCUUAUUCCACUGUUAUUCUCUGAGAGUGCUUCAUGUUCAGAUUUAGACCCAGAAUCCAGAGGAAACUGAAUGUCGUACCCUCAUUCACCGGGGAGCCUGCCCUCCCCCUGGAUCCACCGCCUUCAGCUCUGAGAAGGUGUCCUCCCCUUUCAAAACCAUCCAUCCCCUUUCUCCCAGGACUCUCUCCCCAGGAGAGCUGCAUUUGAGGGGGUGGCCUCUUCCCAACUCCACCUCCCUUCGGAGGGCUCCUGUGCAUUUGGAUGAUUAACCACUGAGAAAACAUUAUAUCCUGUAGUUUUUCCCCCACCCACUUCUCUCUUUCUCUGUCUCUUUCAUUCCUUCCUUCCAUCUCCUCUUGCCCCACGCCUGAAAAUGCAGGUUCCUGGGGCCAGCCUCAUAAGAGCAAUGCUUCUGACUCCAAGCCGGGUGGGCAGGCCCUCUACAGACACACACGUUCACACACUCACUCAGAUUGACUUCCUCUUCCCUCCCCCCCUCAGACUCCCUCCCUCUCAGUAGGUGCUCAAGGAAUCACAAGGUUCUUGGCUCUAAAUUAAGAUCCAAGAAAAGCUUGGAGCUGUGGGCAGAGGAAAUGAGAAGGCAGGAAGCCAGAGAAGUGAGAGUAGACCCUGGGUUAAGGAGUAAAGGCUGAAAACCCGGGUCACCUCUGAGGAAGAUCUCGGACAUGGAGUCCAGGAUGUGGCCUGCACUGCUGCUGUCCCAUCUCCUCCCUCUCUGGCCACUGCUGUUGCUGCCCCUCCCACCGCCUGCUCAAGGUUCCUCCUUCUCCCCUCAAACCCCACCAGCCCCUGCCCGGCCCCCCUGUGCCCGGGGAGGCCCCUCGGCCCCACGCCACGUGUGCGUGUGGGAGCGGGCACCCCCACCAAGCCGAUCCCCUCGGGUCCCAAGAUCACGUCGGCAAGUCCUGCCAGGCACAGCGCCCCCAGCCACCCCAUCAGGCUUUGAGGAGGGGCCACCCUCAUCCCAGUACCCCUGGGCUAUUGUGUGGGGCCCAACAGUGUCUCGAGAGGAUGGGGGGGACCCCAACUCUGCCAAUCCUGGAUUUCUGCCCCUGGACUAUGGUUUUGCAGCCCCCCAUGGGCUGGCUACCCCACACCCCAACUCAGACUCCAUGCGGGGUGAUGGAGACGGGCUCAUCCUUGGAGAAGCACCUGCCACCCUGCGGCCGUUCCUGUUCGGGGGCCGUGGGGAAGGUGUGGACCCUCAGCUCUAUGUCACAAUUACCAUCUCCAUCAUCAUUGUCCUGGUAGCCACCGGCAUCAUCUUCAAGUUCUGCUGGGACCGCAGCCAGAAGCGGCGCAGGCCCUCUGGGCAGCAAGGUGCCCUGAGGCAGGAGGAGAGCCAGCAGCCGUUGACAGACCUGUCCCCAGCUGGGGUCACUGUGCUGGGGGCUUUCGGGGACUCGCCCACCCCCACCCCUGACCAUGAGGAGCCCCGAGGGGGACCCCGGCCCGGGAUGCCCCAGCCCAAGGGGGCUCCAGCCUUCCAGUUGAACCGGAUUCCCCUGGUGAAUCUGUGAUGCCCCCCAAUGUUGGGGAGCCGCCAAGCAGGAGGCCAAGGGGCUGGCAUAGCCCCCAUCCCGCUGAGGGUGGGGCAGCUGUGGGCGCGGGGGCUCCUGCCCUGAACCGCACUUCGGAAUGCUCCCUGGCCUACAGGCGAGCCCACCUGUCACCCUCCUUUAGGUGGGGGCCUCACAUAUCUGUGGCUUCUGGUCCCCCCCUCCUCACCCUUGCACACUCACAUGAAAGCCUUGUACACUCACCUCUCUCCUCACAGGCCCUUGCACACACUCACGCUCUUGUACAGCCAGUCUCCCUGUCCAUACCUCUCCCCUCUGAGGACCUUCCCUUUUGUUUCACAGUUUUCACUUUCUCUUCUCCCACAUCCCGGCACUCAGCCCAUCACUCAGUGGCCAGCGGGUGACUCCCGUGACCUCUCAUGUGCAUUUCCUGGCCCCGUGUUGUGAUGUUGUGUGUUGUGCCCACACUCUGCCUCGUGAACACCCACUGACCCAGUUUCUGUAGCCCCUGCAUGCUGCCCCGAGGUGGGUGGGAGGCGAGCUGGGGGCUCCCCAGGCCCCCCCUCUGUCCCGGUCCCAUCCCGGUCCACAUCAUGGGUUUCGCUGUCUCCCCCAUCCCGCUCUGAGGGCACACGCAUUACCCUGCAGGCUCCCCCAUGGGAAUGGGAGCAGUGAGGCCCCCAACUCCUCCCCCUCCCCACUGCUAAAUUAUGUUGUCUGGGAGAUGGCUUUUGGGGAGUCACUUGCUGCACCACAUGAGAAAGGGGCUCCCGUUUGCCCUCCCCUGGCUCCUUAGUCCCUGUCUUGUCUGUCUUGGCUAUCCGUGUAUGUCACUCUGGAAUUCAGAGCAACCCUCGCCCCAGUCCUCCACUUCCCAGCCUCCCUGAGGGCCUCCCUAACUCCACCUAGGCUGCCAGGGGACUGGAGCCAGCUGGUUCAAGGCCAUCGGGAGCUCUGCCUCCCAAUUUCCCCCUCUCUGCCCCCCUCCCUCCCUGGUUCCUCUGCUCUCCCUCCUCUCACCCCCACCCCUGAGGUCUGUCCCGACUUCUCACAGCUUUCCCACCUUCCUUCUUGCCUCUCUUACCUGGCUCCUAUGCUGUGAUAUAUAUUUUUGUAUUAUCUCUUUCUUCUUGUGGUGAUAAUCUUGAAUUCUUGUGGGAUGUAAGUUUCAAAAAAAAUUUUCAAAUAAAGCCUUUGCAAGAUA